AUGAGAAAUCUAAUUACAGUCUUUGUAUUUGCACUACUAACGAUCGGCAGUUCGGCAAAAAAUGUCCGAAUUGUUGGCGGCCAGGAAACAAAUCCCAGAAAAUAUCCAUUUGUAGCAGCAUUCAAACAUGUUAGCGAUCCAAAUUUUUUUUGUAGUGGUGCAAUACUUAGUCACAAGCAUAUUGUUACAACGGCGCAGUGCAUGCGCAAAUUUUUUCGUGAUUUAACCAAUGUUACAAUAUACACUGGUAUAGUUUCUUUAGAAUCGAAUGAACUAAAUACAUAUCAAGUUGCUCGGGCUGCUAUAAAUCGUAGAUAUACAGGUAAAAAGGAUAGUGAUGAGGCGUAUCUACAUGAUAUUGCAGUUGUGAAGGUCAAAGGAGAAAUUCAUUUUGAUGAAUUCCAAAAUAAGAUAGAGCUUUUAGACAGAGACGUUACUGCUAGUGACAGAGGCGUUCUUUUGGGUUGGGGAGCAAUGACUUAUCCAGAAUAUUCAUAUCCGGUAAAAUUACGCAAGGCCGCAAUGAAAAUUGUUCCACAAAGAUUUUAUUAUAAACAUUUUACUUUUCUUAUACACGACACUCAAUUCAUGGCAUUACGUAAAGCCGGAGUUGGUGCAUGCAAAGGGGAUAACGGAGCUCCAUUUGUAAUCGAUGGAAAACUCGCCGGUUUAGCAUCAGUUAUUGAUGAGUGCGCUGAGGGAAUUCCAGAAAUACACACAAAAAUUCACUACUACGUCGAUUUCAUAAGAGAUAUGAUGAAUUAUUAAACUAUAGUAUCUUGAUCUUGUAAUGUUUGAUUACUUGUAUUCACAUUCACAAUCUAACUAUUACAUUGAUAAUGGCAACUACAUUUUCCAAGACGAAUUCUGUGUCAUUGUAAACUAAUGUUCUUUUAUAAAAAUUAAUUUUUUUAAUUUGGUG